UUUGGACUUGAUAUAAGUCUUCGACACGAAGUCAAUAGUCACAGUCAGCUCAGCUGAUCUCUUUGUGCGCUGUUACUUCAAGAUCAAUCGACUACACAUUUCAAGUGAUGAAACUUUUUGUAGUAUCUUUGAUGCUUCUAGUGGCUUUGUGCUUUGCGGAAGAGGAAAUAAAAUGUGGAACAAAAGGCAAAGGAAACGAGAGAAUAGUUGGUGGAAAAAUAGCUAAGAAGAACUCAUGGCCGUGGCAAAUAACGAUAAAACUCAAAGGGGGCUUUCAUUACUGCGGUGGUAGUAUCAUCAAACCUAACUGGAUAGUCACUGCUGCUCAUUGUUUCGAAGAACAUCCCAACCCAGAACAUUACAAGGUCACGGCCGGCGAGCAUAAUCUCAGAAAAGAUGAAGGUGACGAGAAAGAAUUUGACCUCGAGGAGAUCAUCAAGCAUUCAGAAUACAACGAAUUAAGAGGUCAUGAAUUUGACUACGACGUUGCACUGCUGAAACUGAAAGGCAAUAUCACUUAUGAUGAGAAAAUUCGACCCGUUUGCCUAAAAACUCAAAGUUUUCCCUCAGGGACGAAUUGUUCUGUUACUGGAUGGGGAUAUCUUAAAGAAAACUCAGGACGAAAACCCUCGAGACUUCGUCAGGCCAUAGUUCCCCUUGUUUCUCAGAGAGACUGUCAGAGGGCCUACCGCGAUGCCACCGAACGCAUGCUCUGUGCUGGCUAUCCACAAGGAGAUAUCGACUCAUGCAAGUUUGAUAGUGGUGGACCGCUGGUCUGUAAGAACAAGUCUGGUGCCUUUGAGCUAGUUGGAGUUGUGAGCUGGGGAAUUGGUUGCGCUCUCCCUCGUAAAUAUGGCGUGUAUGCAAAUAUGGAUAAGCUCACGGAGUGGGUUGAAACCAAGAUUAAAAAUAACUAGUAUAUUUGCUCCAAAUAAAUGAAUAAACGUUCAAAAAUGA